AUGGAUCCGAUAAAGUAUAUCUUCAAAAAGCCUGCUGUUACUAGUAGAAUUGCCCGAUGGAAAAUGUUGUUGACCGAGUAUGAUAUUCAGUAUGUGACCCAGAAAGCGAUAAAGGGGAGUGUUUUGUCUGACUACCUUGCUCACCUACAUGUCGAAGGUUAUCAGCCGUUGAGGUUUGACUUUCCUGAAGAAGACAUUAUGUUUAUCAGAGACUUCACUAUUCCAGGCUCCGAGAUAAGCCCUGAGGAAGGCCCCGAACUAGGAUUGCGAUGGACGCUCGUGUUCAACGGUGCUUCCAAUGCUCGAGGACAUGGCAUAGGUGAUGUUAUCAAUUCUCCAACCGGAUUCCACCUUCCAUUUACCACUAGAUUAUGUUUUGGCUACACCAAUAAUAUGGCAGAAUAUGAAGCAUGUAUCUACGGUUUGGAGGCGGCCAUUGACUUGAGAAUCAAGAUUCUUAAGGUAUAUGGUGAUUCAGCUCUGGUGAUAAGUCAAGUAAAAGGUGAUUGGGAGACACGGGAUAGCAAGUUGAUACCUUACAAGGAGCAUAUCAGAAAGCCGAUAUCCUACUUUGAUGAAAUCUCUUUUCAUCACAUUCCUAGGGAAGAAAAUCAGUUAGCAGAUGCUCUAGCUACGCUGGCAUCUAUGUUCAAAGUCAAAUGGAAGAAUGAAGCACCAUCCUAUCAUAUUGACCACUUAGAUGAACCAGCACAUUGUCUAGCAAUUGAGGUUGAUCCUAAUGAUAAGCCCUGGUUCUAUGACAUAAACACAUUUUUGGAGAAUCGACAAUUUCCCGAGGGUAUAUCCAUUACUGAUAAGAAGGCUCUGAGAAAACUCUCUUCCAAAUUCUUCCUAAAUGGUGAUGUGUUAUACAAACGAAAUUAUGAUUUUGUACUACUCAGAUGCAUGGAUAGACAUGAAGCUAGUACGAUCAUAAAAUCCAUACAUGAAGGCUACGAGGGUGUACAUGCAAAAGGUCCUGCUAUGGCCAAGAAGAUCCUUCGAGAUGGGUAUUACUGGACGACAAUGGAGAUUGAAUGUUACAAGAUGGAGGUUGUCCUACCAAUUGAAGUCGAGAUCCCUUCACUAAGAGUCAUCAUGGAGGCUGACCUCGAUGAAGCUGAAUGGGUUCAAUCACGGUAUGACCAGCUGAAUCUGAUAGAAGAAAAGCGUUUGACGGCCGUUUGUCAUGGUCAGUUGUAA